GCGGUGGCACCGUCCGGCCGCCUCGCUGCCCCGCCAGGGCCCAGCCAUCGCGCCCGCCUCCGGGGCCUCAGGCGGUGGCUGCGAGCCCCGGUACGGCGGUGCCCGCGGCGCCGCACGGGCGGGAGAUGCCGAAGCUGCGCGGGGAGGCCUUCUGGAGGGAGACGCUACGGAGCGCCCACUACGUGGUGGCGCCCAUGGUGGACCAGAGCGAGCUGGCCUGGAGGCUGCUGAGCCGCCGCCACGGUGCCCAGCUCUGCUACACGCCCAUGCUGCACGCCCAGGUCUUCCUCAGGGACGCCAACUACCGCCGCGAGAACCUCUACGGCGAGGCCUGUCCCGAGGACCGGCCGCUCAUCGUGCAGUUCUGUGCCAACGACCCUGAAGUGUUUGUCCAGGCAGCCCUGUUGGCUCAAGAUUAUUGCGAUGCCAUAGACCUAAAUUUGGGUUGCCCCCAAAUGAUUGCAAAGAGAGGUCACUACGGAGCAUUUCUGCAAGAGGAGUGGGAUCUUCUUCAGAGAAUGAUUUUACUGGCUAACGAGAAGCUCUCUGUUCCCAUCACAUGCAAAAUCCGCGUUUUCCCAGAAAUUGACAAGACAGUGAAGUAUGCACAGAUGCUGGAGAAAGCUGGCUGCCAGCUGCUGACCGUGCACGGCCGCACUAAAGAACAGAAAGGACCUCUUGCUGGUGUGGCAUCUUGGGAGCACAUUCAAGCUGUCAGAAAAGCUGUAAGCAUUCCUGUAUUUGCAAAUGGAAACAUCCAGUGUCUCAGUGAUGUGGAAGAAUGUAUCCGUAAGACAGGAGUGCACGGUGUCAUGAGUGCAGAAGGUAAUCUUCAUAACCCAGCUUUGUUUGAGGGCCGGAACCCCUUGGUGUGGGAGAUGGCUGAGGAGUAUCUGGAGAUAGUGCAGAAGUACCCUUGUCCAUUGUCUUAUGUUAGGGCUCAUCUCUUCAAGCUCUGGCAUCACACGCUUCAAGUUUACCAGCAGCUGCGUGAAGAAUUAGCAAAAGUGAAGACUCUAGAGGGCAUUGUAGAUGUCAACAGGGAGCUGAAACUACGAUGCCAGGAAGAAAUAGCUAAUCAGAAAGAAGGAGAAAAGCCGAAAGAAGGGUUGCCUUUUUUCCACUGGAUCUGUCAGCCGUACAUCAGGCCGGGGCCAAAGGAGAGAUGCAAGGAGAAUGGAGACAGUGGGACUGAAAAAGGUGUGCGAGGAAAACGUGCUCUGGAAGAGGAAGAAGAUGGAAAUUCUGAGCUUCUGUCAAAGAAUAAGCAAAAAAAGAAGUUAAGAAAUCCAAAUAAAAGCUUUGAUCCAUCUUUAAAACCGAAAUAUGCAAAAUGUGAUCAAUGUGGAAACCCUAAGGGCAAUAAAUGUGUGUUUAACAUGUGCCGAGGAUGCUGUAAGAAGAGAGCGUUCAAAGAGACAGCAGACUGUCCCGGUCACGGAUUACUUUUUAAGACCAAAUAUGAAAAAUCCCUUUUAUGGCAGAGUAGUCAAAGAGUCAUUCAGAGCCCAGAGCUGGGUCGGCGAGGAGCUGUGGCUGCGGGGGAGGCGGCUGCGCCGGAGGAGGCUGGGGACGGGGCCGUGUGACACCUGGGACAGGACCAGUGAGAGAGCUCCUGCCAAGGCCUCCCCUUCCCUGGGCCAAAGAACGUGUGGUCUCCAGCUCACCGGCAGCUGCGGGAACUUGUUCCACAGGUUAUUUUAAGUUCUGGAAAAGUUUUAUUUAAGUAAAACAAAAGCUGCGUACUCAGGGAAUUAUCCUGCAUUUGAAAUAAAAAGGAUGCAACUGACUAUCUCAUGCUGUGUUUGAAAGACUGAAAAUGCUGCAAUUUUUUUUUUUUUGGGUUGGGGGCACCCUCUAUAAACUGCCAUCACAAUCUGCCUCCUGUAUGUUCGUUAACCCUUCAUGUCCUGUUUUUAAUAUCAGGGAAUAAAUUUCUUGUAUUAGAACAGCCUUCUGGUGCGUUAAAAAUAGCAAUGAUGUCAAUGAUUUCCUCACUCACAGAAAUGUCUCCCGUUUGUCUGAGUUUCAGCCAACCCUGUUUUCAAUGCAGAAAGAACUCCAGCAGCACGGUGGAAACAUGAAUGUAAAACUCUAAGCUGUUGCUGUAACCACGCUCUGUAUUAACAAUUACUGGUUUUAUACAGUAUUGUAAAGCUUCCUGCUCUCCCAAAAGGUUGGGGGAAAAUGAACUCUAUUAAAAUGGAGAGGGGGUGUCUGAA